AUGGCCUGUGGUCGGACGAAGGCAGAAGCCAUUGUCACGGAUGUGCUUGCUCCUGCCUCUGUCGAAGAUUGCUUGAAAGUCCUCAAAAGACCACUGAAUGAGCAACGAGAGGCCUCAAACAAAGCCCACACACCAUUCUUCUCAGUGGCUUCAGAUGCCUCCAAUCAUGGGACCACCAAGCUCUUUCCACUGUCAGUGCGUUACUGGACGCCAGACUUGGGAGCACAGACGAAGGUCCUUGAUUUCUAUGAUGACAGUGAUGAAACAUCUGCUGCAAUCCACAACCAGAUAGUCACCAAGUUGGAGGAACACGGACUGGGACUACACAUGAUAUCUGCGUAUUCCGCUGACAACGCUAGUGUGAAUUACGGGAGAUACAACUCAGUCUUCCAGAAACUGAAAGAGAACAACAAUUGCAUUUUGAAAGCAAACUGUGUGGCCCACAUCGUUCACAACAGUGCAAAACACGCAGGAGAUCGGCUAAAUAUCGACAUUGAAAAUGUUGUCAACAAGACCUUUAGCCACUUCUCCUCAUCUGCGAAACGCAUUGAGGAGCUUAAGUCAAUUCACACCUUUGUGGAGAUAGAGUACCAGUCCCUGCUUAGACAUGUGCCCACAAGAUGGCUGAGCUUGUGGCCUGCAGUGAAGAGACACUGGGCUCCUACAUACUUUCUCUCACUGGGAGAGGACCAGUGCCCAAAGUCACUAUGGCGGCUGUUCAAGGAUGACCAGGAUGGUGAGGGCAACCCCCUUGAUCUACAGGUUUACCUGUCCUUCCUCAGCAAUGCGCUCAAGAUUUUCCACGACACUGUGCUGGUGCUGGAGCGAGAAGAUGGUACUGUCUGUGAGCUCUACGAUAUGAUGUUCACCCUAAAAACCAAGCUACAGCAACGACAGAGUGAUGGUUUCUUAGGAGCCCAGACGGGUGUACUCCUCCAGCAGUUUCCAGACAGACAGGCAGCUGUGCUCAGAGAGGACAUGUGCAACUUCUACCAGUCCUCUCUCACCUACUUGGAGCAGCGCUAUGACUUCUCAGACUCCAACUACCAGAAGAAAGUGGCUAGCCUGGCACUAAAGAGCCCAUUCAACUUCUCCCAUCUCUGUGAAGCUGUAGAGGUCCUGCAACUAAGCAAGAAGUUGGACAUGGAUGCGCUAUAUGAUGAGUAUUGUGUUGUUCUGCCACACCAACAGGCCAUUGUGCAGUCUGGAGCUCCAGUGGUGGAGAAGUGGUCCACCUUACUCAAGCACACACACACACCAAACAUGACAGCUUUUGCUUCUUUCCUCUUGAGUGUACCAAUCACCAAUGCUUCAGUGGAGAGGGUAUUUUCACUGAUGACAGGAUGCUGGACGGACACAAGGAACAGAUGUUCGGUAAACCUCAUCAAGUCAGAAAUCCAGGUGAAGAGCAACUUCACAUUCAGUUGCAAGGACUUCUACACUUACGUAGUGAAAGAGAAGGUUGUCCUCAAUGCUGUACGCUCCAACAAGAAAUACAAGUUUAAGAAGAAACCUGAAGGCUUUUUCGGUCCUCUUUUUGUGGCCGGCGUGUGGGAACUUGCCAAGCGAGAUGGAGUGAUUCCUGGAGUCAAUGCUAUCGGAUCAGAGCCACCCGAAAAAAACAGAGGGGACGACAACGGCGGAUUUGCAGAGAAUGGAAUCGACAAACGGGAGAUGGGCUGA